GCUGUAUCAACUGUAAUAUUUCUUCGUUUUUUAAAUCCAGCUCUUGUUCUUCCACAUGAAUUUGGUAUAGUUGAUGCUGAACCAUUACCACGUAUAAAACGUGGUUUAACACUUGUAUCAAAAAUUCUUCAAAAUAUAGCAAAUAAUUUAAUAUUUACAAAAGAAUUUCAUAUGCGUUGUUUUAAUGAUUAUCUUCGUUCAACAUUUGAUUCAGCAACAAAUUUUGUUUUAUCAAUAAGUGAACCAAUUAAUUUAAAUACAAUUAUUCCAUCAGAUGAACAACAACCAAUUGAAAAUAAUAUAUCGGAUUCAACAACACUUUCACCAACAUAUCCAAUGUCUUAUAUAAGUGAUGCUAAUGUUUUAGCAUUACAUAGACUUUUAUGGUAUCAUCAAGAAAAAAUUGGAGAUUAUUUAUCAAGUGGAAGAGAUCAUAAAGCUAUUGGACGAAGACCUUUUGAUAAAAUGGCAACAUUAUUAGCUUAUUUAGGACCACCAGAUCAUAGACCAUUAGAUUCACAAUGGAUUUCAUAUGAUAUGACAGCAACAAAAUUUGAAGAACUUAUGGCAAAAACACAAAUGCACGAAAGAGAAGAAUUCAAAUCAUUAAAAGCUCUUAAUAUAUUUUAUCAAGCUGGUUUUAGUAAACAAAAUAAUCCGGUAUUUUAUUAUAUAGCUCGUCGUUUUAAAGUAAAUGAAAUGAAUUGUGAUUUAUUAAUCUAUCAUGUAUUAUUAACAUUAAAACCUUUUCAAGCAAAACCAUUUGAAUUAGUUGUUGAUUUUACUCAUACUUGUA